AUAGAGUGUAAACAUUAUUUGCUUUUCAGUGAUCCUUUUACUCUUCAUCAUUUAUUCCUUUGGGGGUUGCUCCAGGAACGUCAGAAGAGCCAAGAUGCGUUUUGCAUUGAUCAUCGCCACUUUCGUUGCUGGGGCCUUGGCAGGGCCAUUUGAGGCACUGGACCAGGACUCCGUCUCCUUACCCGACGUCAGCUUUAAUGUUCCCGGACACCCCACAAGUGAGGUGAAAUUAACCCAUGGACAAGUAGAGGGACUGAGCAAGGUCCUCCGGCCCGGUCGUGAUUGCUACGGCCGUUACACAUGUGAUGUGUUGGUAAGCGGUCUACACGUCACCUACAAGGCUGUAGCAACUGCGCCAGAGCGAGAGUUCGACGUGGUAGUGGACGUUCUUCACGGGGUGUUCCAUCUGGAAAGCAGAAAGACAGCAGGCGGAAAGUAUGAAGCGAAGGACGUCCGUGUCAGGGCUCUACACCAAUAUGUCAGGGAACCAGUGAAGUUCGGCACUGACCGGAAGCAGACUGCACUGUUCGACGAGACGCUCAAGAAGAAAUUGCUGGAACUAUUGAAGCAGGUCGCGCGGACAGAACUAUUCAGUGGUGUACUGAACGAGGUUUUAGACGGUGAUACAAGCAAGCGAGUCGCACCAGGACCGUCUGAAGUAAAGGGAGUGCCAUUCAAAGCAGUCUUCGAGGACUACGUCGCUUUUCCCGAUUUCGAAAUUUCUGUGUCUGGAGCUCCCACGAGGAACGUGACAUUCACCAAGGGAAGAGCAGGACCUCUGAGCGUGGUUCUCAAGCCUACCCGUGGUUCUCAUGGGGCCUAUAACAGCGUUCUAUCACUCAGGAACCUGCGUGUCAUCUACGAGGCUGUAGCCACCGAGCCAAAAGAAGAGUUUCAACUGGUAGUGGAUGUAGUACGGGGCUCGGUGAAAGUAGAGCGCACAAAAACCGAAGGAGGGAAAUUUGAGCUGAAGGACGUCACUUUUGAAGAUCUGAACGUGUCCGUAGAAAAGCCAGCUGAGUUCAGCAGCGAUGGACUGCAGAACACUCUGUUUGAAGUGGAGGUGGAGAAAAAGGUAUUGGAGUUUCUGAAGGUCUUUCUACAGGGAGAAGUGGUGAACGACGCACUGACGGACCUCGAAGGUCACACUUCGACCGCGGUCUGAAGAACAGCCAUCAUAUGCAUGUAUGACCGGGCGUUUUGAGCUACCGAUGUGUACCUAUCGUUUAUUACAAAGAUAUCUAUGUUCUUAUCGACACUUAAGAAAUAAACACAUUAAUACUAUA